UGACAUAGUUUGCUAUUAUUCACGCUCUAAAAACUUUAUAAAAGUUCUAUAUAACCAAUUGUCUUCAUAAUUAGUUGCCAAGUCACGUGGUUCCCUAGCUUUGCGUAUCGAGACUGUAAAUGUGAUUGUGGAGUGAUCACAUCGGAUGCGUCAUAAAACGUGUGUGGGAGUUGGCCGCCCAGCACUCGUGCAUGCACCAUGAGUAGCACUGCCUGUUUGCAUCUCCUCCUUCUAUCCGCACUGUCAGCGGCGCCUUGCGCUCUCUCCGCAGACAAGAAAAAUGUUCUAUUCUUCGUGUCAGACGACAUGCGUCCGGAGCUGACGGUCUACGAUGGUCCCGACUUUCCCUCACCGGUUCAUCCCAAAAUGCAUUCUCCAAAUCUCGACGCCCUGGCCGCCAAGAGCCUUCUUCUCAAACGAGCGUACGUGCAGCAAGCGGUCUGUUCUCCCAGUCGAACCUCUCUACUCACUGGACGCCGACCCGACACCACCCACGUGUACGACCUGGUUCACUACUUCAGGAAAGUGGGAGGAAACUUCACGACGAUACCGCAAUAUUUCAAGCAAAACGGAUACCUGUCCAUCGGGAUGGGCAAGAUUUUUCACCCGGGAAGUGCAUCCGACAAUGAUGAUCCAAUUUCUUGGUCUGAACCCUACUUUCACGCCAACGAUUCCUUCUGGGGCAAGUUCGGACACAUGCACAGCCACAUGGCAGUCAACAACAGCCUCCAAAAGUCACAACCCUUGCCAGACCAACAGAUUGCUGAUCAUGCCGUCGAGGUAUUGAAGAGAGUUGCACCGGCCGCCAAAAGUGGAAAGCAGCCCUUCUUCGUCGCCGUAGGAUUUCACAGGCCCCACCUUCCCUUCAUCUAUCCGGAUGAAUUUCAACAGUAUUAUCCUGAAUCAGAAAUCCGUUUGCCGGACAAUGAAUAUGCUCCUAUCAAUAUGCCACCCAUUGCAUGGUCCAACUAUGGUGAGCUACUCAAGUAUGGAGAUAUCUCCAAACUGCAUGCAUCUGGAGCAAUCAACUCUAGUCUACCGCCCGAUGUGGUUAAAUCUCUGAGACGUGAUUACUAUGGCGCACUCAGCUUCACGGAUUCAUUGAUUGGUAAAGUGAUGGAAGAGUUGGAGAAUUUGGGAUUGGCGGAAAAUACCAUUAUCAGUUUUUGGGGUGACCACGGAUGGCAGCUGGGUGAGCACGGCGAAUGGUGCAAGCAUACCAAUUUUGAAGAUGCAACCCAUGCCCCAAUGAUGGUCCAUAUUCCUGGCAAGACAGAUCAAGGCAUUGUCACUGAGGCAUUAACAGAAUUCGUAGACCUAUUUCCAACCCUUGUCGAUGCCGCUAAUCUCCCACCCUUACAACUAUGCCCCCAAAACUCAGAGAAGACCAUGCUUUGUCGCGAAGGAGCCAGCCUGAUGCCACUGAUCGAAAAUCCAAACUCAACAAACUGGAAAACUCGCGCAUUUUCUCAGUAUCCAAGACAAAAAGAUCAUAUGGGAUACACAAUGAGGACAGACAGGUACCGCUACACCGAAUGGGUCAAGUUUGAUUACAACGAGUACAAGCCAGACUGGAAUCAGCUCAACGCCACUGAGCUGUAUGAUCACCAAACAGAUCCGGAAGAAAAUCACAACGUGGCCUCUGAAAAAGACAUGAUGUCUGUAGUCAAGAUGUUGAGCGAGCAAUUGCACGCUGGAUGGAGAUCUGCUAUGAAAUAACAAUUUGCAACAGGUGGAAAACGUUCUGUUUACACUAUCUUGACAUCUAUACAAAUGGCAAUUUCUUUCACAUAUUUGUUGUUGAUUCGCUGCUGAUUUUCAAUUUUUUUGAAGUUGCAAGUACCUUUUGUACACAUGCAGGUAUCAUGUGUCGCUGCUACUGCAAUGUAUCCA